CCAGAAUAGAGAAAGUUUCGUCCUUGCAACAACUAUCACCAUCACUAGUCGAUCCCAGCUAAAAACCGCCCGCCAAAAAGGACAAAUAAAAUAUUUAAUUAGUUUAACAUUUGCGGUGUUCCCCGGCAGAAUUUAGCGUUUUCGCGGAGUGGGUUUACUAGUUCUUCGUUCUUCAGUUGUUUCUUGUAGGUCGGUCGUUCGUGAUGUUCGUUUGAAUUUAACGAAAGUGGCGCAUGGCGUGAAAGAACUGACGGUUGUUUGUUUAUUCUUGUAGACGAUUGGUGUUAUGUGAUGUUGCUGUGUGGACUAGGUCAGUAACAGUUCGAUAGGUACUUCAACGAUUACCAAACAUCAAUAGAGAUAUUUUUUCAACGUAUCGACUUUGUUAGUGGUACAUACUUGUUGGUGCUCCCUUAAACAGUGACUAAAAAGUUGCCAUUAUUCGUGAAAAAUCGUUGAUACAAGAGAUUUGUCGACAUCCACAAUCUCAAUCAGAAGUUGCAAAUUCAGUCAAGCAAGAGUGAGAUAAGUGGAGGUUAUUAUCUCUAAAAUCUAUAUGUGCAUGAGCAUUCUGGAAAAGUUUGUCCUGGAGAAAGGAUGAUGGUAGGAACUAGAGCGCGAGUGACUAGUGUUUUACUAUUUUCUGGAAUAGCUUGCGCUGGAAUUUUGGAUAAUUUCAAUUGGGCAAGAUCAGAUAGAAUAGAAGUGAAUUUGCCAUGGUUACCAUUUGAAAAUGAGACACGUUGUUAUGACGAACUGGGAUGUCUCAAUAUCACCAGGACCUGGUACCACCUGAUUAACAGACCUUUUAAUGUAUUUCCCUUGCCAAGAUCUGUGAUAAAUACUAGAUUUAUAUUAUAUACACGACUAAAUCCGUCUGACGGUCAAUUAAUUAGAGCCAACAAUCAGUCGAUAGAACGAUCUAAUUUAGAUAUUAAGAAAAAAACUAAAUUUAUUAUUCAUGGAUUUAUAGAUACACCAUUAUCGAAUUGGGUAAAAGAUAUGAGAGAUGAAUUACUUAAAGCCCUAGAUGUUAACGUGAUAGUCGUAGAUUGGGCUGGUGGAAGUUUACCUUUGUAUACUCAAGCAACAGCAAAUACAAGACUUGUAGGGAUGGAAAUUGCCUAUUUAAUUAAUUACGUAGUGAAAAAUUAUGAGAUGGAUCCGGGAGAAAUUCAUAUAGUAGGCCAUUCUUUAGGGGCGCAUACAGCUGGUUAUGCUGGAGCUUUAGUUCCAGGUCUGGGAAGAAUAACAGGAUUGGAUCCAGCUGAGCCGUACUUCCAAGGAAUGCCAGCACACGUGCGCCUGGAUCCAAGCGAUGCGGAACUUGUGGACGUUAUUCAUACUGACGGUAAAGGUAUCUUCUUCUUAGAUGGCAUUUUUCAAGGUUAUGGCAUGUCUCAACCUUGUGGUCAUUUAGACUUCUAUCCCAAUGACGGUAAAGAGCAACCUGGAUGUGAUAUUACCCAAUCACCGUUAGUUCCUUUAACUCUAAUAAGAGAUGGUCUUGAAGAGGCUUCACGUGUUUUAGUAGCGUGCAAUCAUGUCAGGGCCAUUAAAUUAUUUAUCGACAGUAUAUCCACUAAAUGUCCUUAUAUAGGGCAUCAAUGCAAAACGUACGGACAGUUCAAAGAAGGAAGAUGCUUUACUUGUAAACCUGGUUCAGGAUGUGCUAUUAUGGGAUAUCACGCUGAUAGCACUCCGGGAUUAUUAGAUAAUAAUGAAAUACAACCCCAGUCAAAAUUGCAGGAAAUGGUAGGAUCAAAGUACUUUUUAACAACGGGCAAGGAAUAUCCAUAUUGUCAUCGCAUGUAUCGAAUUAGCACAGAAUUGGCACAUCCUCCAUUUGCAGAAAAUUGGGUGCAAGGCCACCUAAAAGCAUCUAUUUACAGCCCAUCGGGUGUAAUACACGCAGAAUUGACACCAUCUGGUGAUAUGAAACUGGAACAUGGAGCUACAUAUACCACUGUUAUAUCCCAUCCUGUCGAUCUAGGCGGCAAUGUUAGAAAAGUCGAACUUAGUUGGGAAUAUGACAUGAAUGUUCUAGAACCUAGAACAUUAUGUCUAUUUUGGUGUAAUGAUCAUUUAUAUGUAAGGAAUGUUCUGGUAGAAGAAAUGGAGAUGCCAGGUAGAGGGAAACGAGAUGCCCAGUUUUCUAGCCGACUUUGUUCGAAAGGAAAAAAAGACUACGCAGAUAUCGCAAAUCGAGGCAGAGGAAUUUUUGUAGAUUCGUGUUCUAUAGACAGGUUUUCAAAAAGUUAGCAUAUAUGGAUGUGUAUUAGAAAACUUGAUUGAUUUCGUAAAUCAAAAACUUAUUGCCUAACAUUUUUAAUAAUACGUACACAAAAUGUAAGAAAAAACAAAACUCGUAGUGAUUGAGACUGUGUCAUAAGAUAAAAUCUUGUUUAGUCAUAGAUCUUUUGUGUUUAAAGGCGUUUUUAAGAAGUAAUUGAAGUGUUAACGGAGAAAUGAAGAAGUAAUAAUAAUAUUUUGUAUAAACUUUGAUUAUUCCUUUACUCUUUAAUUAUAAAAUUGGCGAAAGUCAGAUUGUGAUUGAAGCCUAAAUUAAUAAAAAUGAUAAAAAGUAUUAUUGAAGCUGAUGCUUAUUAUUUUAAUAUGUUUUUAAUAUAUUUAUAAAUUUUAUAAGUUUCAGAAUCAGUAUCAGUCUAGUGUAUUCAGUAUCAGAAUACAAUAGACCUUAACUCUUAACUCAUCUAAUGUCUUCUAUUAAUAAACAUUAAUUAUCUUUCCUCUUCUUCCAUUUAAAUCCCAAAUAUUUUACGAUCCUGUAGAGAGAACUCACUUGUGAAAAUUCUUGUGAAUUAUUUGAUAUCAGAUAACCUUUUGAUACGAAAGCUGUAGGUAAUAAGUUUUCUUCAUCAAUAUCUAUCAUUUUAUUAGUGUGAUGUUUGAUUUCUGUUUCUUUUUAUUAAUCCUACAACUCAAAAAGUUAUAUAGAUAUGAUGAGUCCAAGUUUAUUGUGACAAAAAUUUUAAACAUUCAGUUACUAAAUACCAUGCCAUCUGUUUAACCAAUUUUUAAAACUGUGAUGAAUAUUUGAAUAAGUCUUUUGAAUUUUACUUUCCCUUUAAAACAAUAUAUAAUUUCACACUAUAAAAACCCCUGUUUUUAAACCAGGAGGAGUAAUUCAAAUUUACUGCCCCGUAAUGCUUGUCUGUAAUAAGUAACUAUUGGUCCAAUCUCAAGCAAGUUUACUCCACUGGCACCUGGCUACACUGGCAUUUUAUAGGUUAAUUAAGAUAUAUCGGCAAUUGUUUGUGUUUUCUGCGUUAUUCCUUUUAUUUUUAGAUUUUUAGUCCACUUUUAUAUAAAAAACAGUUGUUUUUAGAACUCUUUAGAUUAAUAUCAUAUUUAUUGAUUCCAUCGAAGGCUGACAUGAUCAACCACAAAAGAAGAUUUGUAUUUGGUGAUUUUUUUAGUGACUUGCUUGGAUGUUAAUAUGUCUUUUUAGUCUACUCCUCCUAGUUUAAAAACAAAGAAUAGUAUUUUUAACAACUUAACAAAAAUGUUAUUAUAAUGCUUGACAAUUUGCCGUUAUGGAACGAAGAACAGUGGUUCCUAGAUCACGUCUAUUUCAUUGCAUAAUCCAUGCUAAAGAAUCACCUGGCUCUUUUAACCCGGGAGCAGUCACGCCGUGAGAAAAAUCUCACAUUUUAUCCUUUUCCUUGAUAACUUGAUGAAAAAUUUUGCAACACUGCUUUCCACUGGUAAGUGCCUCGAGAAGGAUCAUAGUAAUGCGUGGAAUUUUUUUUAUUUUUUUAUUGUGGAAUUUAUGGCUUUUGUGAGAACCAAUUAGCCUUAAAAUUAUUAGAAAUAAAUAUUUUUAACAUAACAAGUAAAUAAAAAUAUUAUAAAAUAGAAAUUUGUUUUAAAUUCGUAUUUAAAUUUGUAUUGUGAGAUUUUUUCUCUACGCGCGACUAUCUACGUGACAGAAGUGAGCGCGACUGCUCUCAGGUUAAAGCUAUUAUAGAAUUAAGCUUAUGCAUUCAUGUGACUGCAACAUCCUGUAUAUAGUUUUACUUCUAGUUUAUCAUUUUAUAAAUGUAUUGUGAUAUUUGUUUUUUAUUAUUUAAAAAUAAAUGGUUAAAUUCAUAA